UGUGAAGGCUUGAACAUGAGCCCCACGCAGUGGGACUUUCCAGUGGAAUUAUGUUGUCGGCCAAUGGCUUUUGUCACUCUUACUGGGCUGGAUGUAGUUUAUAAUGCUGUGCAUCGAGCUGUUUGGGAUGCUUUCUGUGCCAAUCGGAGAGCUGAUCGAGUACCGAUUUCUUUCAAGGUGCUUCCAGGUGACCAUGAAUAUCCCAAGUGUAGAUCCAAGAGAACUUCAUAUGAGUGGUACAUUCCUAAAGGGAUCUUAAAGACUGGUUGGAUGAAUAAACAACUGAAUCUGGUGCCAGCCCUUGUGGUUGUGUUCUAUGAGCUGGACUGGGAUGAGCCCCAGUGGAAAGAAAAGCAGUCUGAGUGCGCUACCCGAGUGGAAAUAGUCAGACAGAGUUUACAAGGGAGAAACACAAAAGUUGCAGUGGUUCUGAUUCAAAAGAAAACUCCUUUACCUCCAGGAGAAGAUGUCGUUGCUUCAGAAAGGGCUGCAGCUUUGUGUAAUGCUUGUGAACUCUCCGGAAAAUCAUUGUUUGUACUGCCCCACACUGACCAUCUGGUUGGUUAUAUUAUAAGUUGUGGCCAGUUCCUGAUCUGUUACUUGGACUGCUACUCGGACUCAGUAAACCCACAACUUUUAUUUGUUAGACAUCAGUUCAAAAUUGCUUUCUUCAGUGAGUUAAAACAAGAUACACAAAAUGCUUUAAAGAAUUAUAGGACCGCCUAUAAUCUUGUACAUGAAUUGAGAGCCCAUGAAACGAAUAUUCUGGAAAUUAAGACUAUGGCCGGAUUUAUAAACUACAAGAUCUGUAGGCUGUGUUUUCAGCAUAACACCCCACUGGAUGCAAUUGCUCAGUUCCGAAAACACAUUGACUUGUGUAAGAAAAAAAUUGGAAGUGCGGAGUUGUCUUUUGAGCAUGCUGCAUGGAUGUCUAAACAAUUCCAGGCCUUUGGAGAUUUAUUUGAUGAAGCUAUUAAAUUAGGAUUGACAGCCAUUCAAACUCAGAAUCCAGGUUUCUAUUAUCAGCAGGCAGCGUACUAUGCCCAGGAGCGGAAACAGCUUGCAAAAACCCUCUGUAAUCAUGAAGCUUCUACAAUAUAUCCCAGUCCUGAUCCCUUAGAAACACAAACAGGGGUUCUUGACUUUUAUGGACAGAGACCAUGGCGGCAAGGAGUACUAAGUUUUGAUCUUUCUGACCCUGAAAAAGAGAAGAUGGGAGUUCUUGCCAUUCAGCUGAGGGAGAGAGGUGUUGUUCACUCAGAAUUAAUAAUAACUCUUCUGAGUAAUGCUGUUGCACAAUUUAAGAAGUAUAAGUGUCCAAGAAUGAAAAGUCAUCUGAUGGUCCAAAUGGGAGAGGAAUAUUAUUAUGCAAAGGAUUAUACCAAAGCUUUAAAGUUGCUGGAUUAUGUGAUGUGUGAUUAUCGGAGUGAGGGAUGGUGGACCCUACUCACAUCUAUAUUGACUACUGCUUUGAAGUGUUCCUACCUCAUGGCCCAGUUAAAAGAUUACAUUACGUAUUCCCUAGAACUCCUUGGAAGAGCUUCAACUCUGAAAGAUGAACAGAAAUCUAGAAUAGAAAAGAACCUCAUAAAUGUUUUAAUGAAUGAGAGUCCUGAACCUGAACCCGACUGUGAUCUAUUAGCUGUGAAGACUGCUCAGAAGUUGUGGGCGGACCGUGUUUCUCUAGCUGGCAGCAAUGUCUUCACAAUAGGAGUACAGCACUUUGUGCCAUUUGUACAAUGCAAAGCCAAGUUUCAUUCUCCAAGUUUUCAUGUUGAUGUUCCUGUUCAGUUUGAUAUUUAUCUGAAAGCCGAUUGUCCACAUCCCAUUCGAUUUUCUAAGCUCUGUGUCAGCUUUAAUAAUCAGGAAUACAACCAGUUCUGUGUGAUAGAAGAAGCAUCUAAAGCAAGUGAAAUUUUAGGAAAUUCAACUCAUGAAAAAAUGUGCCUAGUUCCUGGUAAAACAAGAAAAUAUUUAUUUAAAUUUGUUGCGAAAACUGAAGACGUGGGAAAGAAAAUUGAGAUUACUUCGGUGGAUCUGGUUCUAGGCAACGAAAUGGGAAGAUGUGUGGUUCUAAACUGGCAGGGAGGAGGAGGAGAUGCUGCUUCCUCCCAGGAAGCCUUGCAGGCAUCGCGUUCAUUCAAAAGGCGACCUAAACUGCCGGACAACGAGGUCCACUGGGACAGCGUGAUCAUUCAGGCAAGCACAAUGAUCAUAUCUAGAGUUCCAAACAUUUCCGUACAUCUCCGACAUGAGCCUCCUGCCCUCACUAAUGAAAUGUACUGUUUGGCUGUGACUGUUCAGUCCCAUGAAAAGACUCAGAUCAGAGAUGUGAAGCUCACUGCUGGGUUAAAACCAGGACAGGAUGCCAAUUUAACUCAGAAAACUCAUGUGACUCUUCAUGGAACAGAACUAUGUGAUGAUUCGUACCCUGCUUUACUUACUGACAUUCCUGUUGGAGAUUUAUACCCAGGAGAACAGCUAGAAAAAACAAUAUAUGUUUGCUGUGGAACAGUGGGUUCAAGAAUGUUUCUUGUGUAUGUUUCUUACCUUAUCAAUACAACUGUUGAAGGAAAAGACAUUGUUUGCAAAUGUCAUAAGGAUGAAACUGUGACAAUAGAAACAGCCUUUCCAUUUGAUGUUGCAGUCAGGUUUGUUUCUACAAAGUUUGAGCACCUAGAGAGGGUCUAUGCUGACAUUCCCUUUCUGUUGAUGACGGAUAUCUUAAGUGCCUCCCCAUGGGCCCUCACUAUUGUGUCCAGUGAGCUACAGCUUGCUCCUUCUAUGAUGCCUAUGGAUCAUCUAGAGUCCCAGGUGGACAAAGUUGUCUUACAGACUGGAGAGAGUGCUAGUGAAUGUUUUUGUCUUCGGUGUCCAUCUAUUGGAAAUGUUGAAGGUGGAGUCGCAACUGGACAUUAUAUUAUCUCCUGGAAGAGAACUUCAGCCCUGGAAAACAUUCCCGUCAUCAGUACCAUCAUCACUCUACCACAUGUGAUUGUAGAAAACAUCCCUCUCCACGUGAACGCAGAUCUGCCAUCCUUUGGGCGUGUGAGAGAGUCAUUACCUGUCAAGUACCACCUACAGAAUAAGACUACUUUAGUGCAAGAUGUGGAGAUAUCUGUGGAACCUAGUGAUGCCUUCAUGUUCUCAGGUCUUAAACAGAUUCGAUUACGUAUCCUGCCUGGCACUGAACAGGAAAUGCUGUAUAAUUUCUAUCCUCUAAUGGCUGGGUACCAGCAGUUGCCAUUUCUCAACAUCAACUUGCUUAGAUUUCCCAACUUCACCAAUCAACUGUUGAGGCGUUUUAUACCUACCAGUAUUUUUGUAAAGCCACAGGGUCGACUUGUGGAUGAUGAGAACUCGAUUGCUGCUGCCUGACUCUCAGGACUGAGCGAGCGUGGCUGUCCUUAAAAUUGAGCAGAGCUGUGUAGGUUUUUCCAUUGUGAAUGAUAACUUUGAUCAUGGUAAAAAAUUAAUUUUUUUCUAUUUUUUAAUGAAUAUUAUACCACCUAUUCAGAGGAACUCAUGCUUUAAAUAUUAGGGAAAAAAAAUCUUCCCUCAUAUUUUCAUGAAUAAAUAUGUGGAAUCUGUCAUGGCUACAAGAAA